GGGUGUCACCUUCCAUCUUUGUCAAACAGUAUGGCUGAUGUUCUGUAGUGUGUGUAAGCUUCUAACUCGUGUUGACCUAUUUUAUUCAUUUUAAAUCAUGUCAGUGCUACUAUUCUUGAAAAACUUGCACUGCGUUAACAAAGUUCCUCUGAGUGUCGCGCGCCCGGUCGUCGGUUGUCUAUAUCACUCCGAAAAAGGAGUCUACGGUUACCGACCCCCAAAAAUCGAGGGGGACCCGAAGUUGCAGAGCGACCAUAUCGCUACACUCAAUCAAGAUCAUGGUCUCAUGCGUCUGGUGGAGGCAUACCGAGCACAUGGACACAAGGCUGCUAAAAUUAACCCUCUACUGCCAGAGGACCCUGUUGAGGACACUGUGCCAGAGAUCAACAUGUUGACUGGGGCUGUACAAGGACCCCUCAACACAUCUGGACUGCGUCACUUUGGUAAGGCUGAGGCAUCAGUGGAGGAGGUGCUUGCCUACCUGGAGGGGGCCUACUGUGGUCGCAUUUCCAUAGAGACCAGUCAGUUGACCAGUCUGGAGGAAAGGGAGUGGCUCGCCGACCGCUUCGAGGAGUUGAAGAAGGAGACAUUUACGACGGAGGAAAGGAAGAAGUUGGCCAAACUCAUGCUGGAGUCACAGGAGUUUGAUAAUUUCCUGGCAAACAAGUUUUCCACAGUGAAGCGUUACGGUGGUGAGGGAGCAGAGAGCAUGAUGGGGGUGUUCUAUGAGAUGUUCCGCCUGUUGUCCCAUAGUGGGGUGACGGACAUCGUCAUGGGGAUGCCUCAUCGCGGGCGACUCAACCUCCUCACGGGGCUGCUGCAGUUCCCACCAGAGCUGAUGUUCCGUAAGAUGUGUGGCCUCAGUGAGUUCCCAGCAGACUCUCCCUCCAUCGGUGACGUCCUCUCCCACCUUACCUCCUCUGUAGAGCUGGAUUUCGGUGCUGCCCAUCUCCUCAAAGUGACCAUGCUGCCCAACCCCUCCCACCUGGAGGCCAUCAACCCAGUCACCCAGGGAAAGACCAGGGCCCGGCAGCAGCUCAAAAAGGAGGGAGACUACUCACCAGACGAGAAUGCACAGCCUGGGAAUAAAGUCGUAUGUCUCCAGGUCCAUGGGGAUGCCUCGUUCUCGGGUCAAGGGAUUGUUCCAGAGACAUUCACCAUUUCACUACUCCCCCACUUCAGAGUCGGUGGGAGCAUCCACCUCAUUGUAAACAACCAAGUGGGUUAUACAACUCCAUCUGCGAGAGGGAGAUCAUCUUUAUACUGCAGUGAUGUUGGUAAGAUGGUGGGCUGUGCUGUGGUCCAUGUGAAUGGUGAUGAUACGGAGGAGGUGGUGCGUGCCACACGUUUGGCGGUAGAGUAUCAGAGACGCUUCAGGAAGGAUGUCAUCCUGGACCUGCUCUGCUACAGACGGUGGGGACACAACGAGCUAGACGAACCUGGUUUCACUAACCCUGCCAUGUACAAGAUUAUCCGCUCCAGGAAGAGCAUCCCAGAUUCCUACGCUGACCAGCUGAUCUCAGAGGGCUUGAUGACAGGGGAGGAGUGUGGUGCCAUCAGGACAGCCCACUACGGCAUGCUGAACGACAAGCUGGCCAACAUGACCUUAUACAGCCCACCACCCACCAACCUGCAGGGUCGCUGGGGAGGUCUGGAGGAGCCCCAGGCCAGAGUCACCCACUGGGACACGGGGGUGCCUGUCCCCUUGCUGCAGUAUGUAGGGGCUAAGUCUGUGGAGAUACCCGAAGAGGUCCAGCUACACAGCCACCUUGGGAAGAUGCAUGUGGCGGGUCGCCGUGCGAAGGUGGCGAAUGGAACUAAUCUGGAUUGGUCCACUGCUGAGGCCAUGGCGUUUGGCUCUCUGCUCUGCCAAGGGUUCAACAUUCGUAUCAGUGGACAGGAUGUUGGUAGGGGCACCUUCAGUCAGAGACAUGCCAUGAUAGUUUGUCAAGACACAGAUGACAUGUACAUCCCCCUCAAUCACAUAGACCCUGAACAGAAAGGAUUCAUGGAGGUGUGCAACAGUGCCCUGUCCGAGGAGGCCGUGCUGGGCUUUGAGUAUGGCAUGGCCAUCGCCCAGCCUAAACUACUGCCUAUCUGGGAGGCCCAGUUUGGAGACUUCUUCAACGGAGCUCAAAUCAUAUUCGACACCUUUCUCUCUGGAGGCGAGGCGAAGUGGCUGCUGCAGUGUGGGAUGGUGAUCCUGCUUCCCCAUGGUUACGACGGAGCAGGACCUGAACACUCCUCCUGCCGCAUGGAGAGGUUCCUACAGCUGUGCGACAGUAAGGAGGAGGGGGUGGAUGGUGAUAAUGUCAACAUGGCCGUGGUCAACCCUACGACUCCAGCACAGUACUUCCACCUGCUGAGACGACAGAUGAUACGCAACUUCCGCAAGCCGCUCAUCGUUGCUGGGCCCAAGACUCUGCUCCGUUUCUCUGGAGCAACAUCCAGUCUGGCUGACAUGGCUCCUGGAACCUCUUUCAAACCUGUGAUUGGUGACACCUCAGUCACACCAGGCAGUGUCCAGCGGGUGGUGCUGUGUUCAGGGAAGCACUACUAUGCCCUGUUGAAGCAGAGGGAGGCAUCCGCAGCCACUCAGACCACAGCACUGAUCAGACUGGAGGAGCUGUGUCCCUUCCCUCUGGAAGCCCUGCAGCAGGAGCUCACCAAGUACACCAAUGCCAACGAGUUCGUCUGGAGCCAGGAGGAGCCCCAGAACAUGGGCCCCUGGUCCUUCGUGGCCCCUAGGUUUGAGAAGCAGCUGGCCUGCAAGCUCCGGUCAGUGAGUCGGCCUACUCUGCCCGCCCCGGCUGUGGGCAUCGGAACGCUCCACCACCAGCAGAACGAGGCCAUCCUCACUGCCACCUUCUCCUCUUGAGCCUCCGGGCCCCAGAAUGGAUGCACCCUCCCUCCUCCAGACAAGCACACAGCCAAGACAAUGCAGGAGUGGCUUUGGGAAAAGACUCUGAAUGUCCUUGAGUGGCCCAGUCAGAGCCCGGACUUAAACCUGUUCGAACAUCUCUGGAGAGACCUGAAAAUAGUUCCCAUCCAACCUGACAAAGCCUGAGAGGAUCUGCAUAGAAGAACGGGAGAAUCUCCCCAAAUUCAGGUUUGCUGUGCUUGUAGCGUCAUAUCCAAGAAGGCUCGGGACUGUAAUCGCUGCCAAAGGUGCUUAAACAAAGGUCUGAGUAAAGGGUCUGAAUACUUAUGUCAUCAGUUUUUUUUUAUACAUUUGCAAAAAUGUCAACUUGUUUUUGUUUUGUCAUUAUGGCAUUGUCUAGAUUGAUGAGUGUAAUAUUUUUUCAUCCAUUAGAAUUAGGCUGUAACGUAGCAAAAUGUGGAAAGUCAAGGGGUUUGAAUACUUUCUGAAUGCACUGUACAAUAGUAUAAUGAAAUGGCAACACUCAAUCUUCUCAACUAAAUGAACUAUUUUCACCUUUUUGUUUGACUUUAAAGCCAUUCAAACCUGCAUAGCGCCUCUCCUUUUCAUAUAAACUGAACAAAAAUAUACACGCAACAAUUUCAAAGAUUUUACUGAGUUAGUUCUUAUAAGGAAAUCAGUCAAUUGAAAUAAAUUAAUUGGAUUUCACAUGACUGGAUCACAGGUACCUGUAAAAAGAAAAAAUAGUGGGGUGUGGAUAAGAAAACAAGUCAGUAUUUUGUGUGACCAAUAUUUGCCUCAUGCAUCUCCUUUGCAUAAAGUUGAACAGGCUGUUGAUUGUGACCUGUGGAAUGUUGUCCCACUCUUCAAUGGCUUUUGGAAGUUUCUGGAUAUUGGCUGGAACUGGAACAUGCUGUCAACCCAGAGCAUCCCAAACAUGCUCAAUUGAUGACAUGUCUGGUGAGUAUUGAUGGGUUUGGAUUUCUAAACUUUAAAUAUUGUUAAUCUUUAUACUAGAGACAUGAGUGCCAUAGUCUGGUUUAUACACCAGAAGUUAAUGGGUAUCUGUAGGAGGAUUGUAAAUGGUAGAAGCAAUUAAGCUUGGAAUGUACUGAGUUCAGGGAAGACGAUCACAUGUUGGCGGGCACAUACGAUAAGGGUGGAGAGCUGUGGAUUAGUGAGGAAACGGGGGUCGAGGUCAGGUCACAUUAAGGUAGAAGGAACAGUUUAUUGCCCGUAUCACUUAACUUCCUGCCUAGCAAUAAAGAUGUCAUGUUUAGAGAGGAGGAGGAGAUACAUAAACUCAGCAACAAGUUAACUCACUGUCAAAUGUGUUUAUUUUCAGCAAACUUAAUGUGUAAGUAUUUGUAUGAACAUAAGAUUCAAGAACUGAAACACAAACUGAACAAGUUCCACAGUCAUGUGACUAACAGAAAUGGAAUAAUGUGUCCCUGAACAAAGGGGAAGGGGGUCAAAAGUAACAGUCAGUAUCUGUUGUGGCCCCCAGCUUUAAGUACUGCAGUGCAUUUCCUCCUCAUGGACUGCACCAGAUUUGCCAGUUCUUGCUGUGAGAUGUUACCCCACUCUUCCACCAAGGCACGUCCCCAGACGUGCUCAAUGGGAUUGAGAUCCAAGCUCUUCGCUGGCCAUUGCAGAACACUGACAUUCCUGUCUUGCAGGAAAUCACACACAGAAUGAGCAGUAUGGCUGGUGGCAUUGUCAUGCUGAGGGGUCAUGUCAGUAUGAGCUUGCAGGAAGGGUACCACAUAAAGGAGGAAGAUGUCUUCCCUGUAACUCAGUGUUGCUAUUGCCUGCAAUGACAACAAGCUCAGUCCGAUGAUGCUGUGACACACCGCCCUAGACCAUGACGGACCCUCCACCUCCAAAUCGAUCCUGCUCCAGAGUACAGGCUUCGGUGUACCGCUCAUUCCUUUGACGAUAAAUGCAAAUCCGACCAUCACCCCUGCUGAGACAAAACCGCGACUCGUCAGUGAAGAGCACUUUUUGCCAGUCUUGUCUGGUCCAGCGACAGUUGGUUUGUGCCCAUAGGUGACGUUGUUGCUGGUGAUGGCUGGUGAGGACCUGCUUUACAGCAGGCCUACAAGCCCUCAGUCCAGCCUCUCUCAGCCUAUUGCAGACAGUAUGAGCACUGGUGGAGGGAUUGUGCGUUCCUGGUGUAACUCGGGCAUUUGUUGCCAUCCUGUACCUGUCCCGCAGAUGUGAUUUUCGGAUGUAUCGUUCCUGUGCAGGUGUUACAUGUGGUCUGCCAAUGUGAGGACGAUCAGCUGUCCGUCCUGUCUCCCUGUAGCGCUGUUUUAGUCGUCUCACAGUACGGACAUUGCAAUUUAUUGCCUUGGCCACAUCUGCAGUCCUCAUGCCUCCUUGCAGCAUGCCUAAGGCACAUUCACGCAGAUGAGCAGGGACCCUGGGCAUCUUUUUUGUUUUGUUUUUCAGAGUCAGUAGAAAGGCCACUUUAGUGUCCUAAGUUUUCAUAACUGUGACCUUAAUUGCCUACCAUCUGUAAGCUUAAUUAAUUGUUUGCGGUUCUUGUAAAAGCAUGGGAAACCGUGUGUAAACCCUUUACAAUGAAGAUCUGUGAAGUUAUUUGGAUUUUUACUAAUUCUCUUUGAAAGACAGGGUCCUGAAAAAGGGACGUUUCUUUUUUUGCUGAGUUUAUUACCACUGGUGGAAAUUGUUUUUGUCUUAUGCAGCUGUAUUGACCCAAUGGGUGAAUAAACUUGGUUGGAGCUUACAUAGUGUCUGUCAAUUUCUUACUCGAUAUUUAGAA